AUGCCCCCAUCCACCUCUGAUCAUCCCCCAUCCCCCGCAGGUCGAGAGAAGAGAAAGGGUCCCAUGAUCUCUGCUGGUGAUGCUGAGUUCCCGCGGGAUUACCACACCCUGGCGGCUGGCGGUGGGCGUGGGGCCCGGCGGUUCCCCGAUAACACCAAUGGGGGGUUCACGUCGUCCUCCCUGGACCGCCGGCACAACUCUGUCGCCGCCAAGAGCCUGGAGGCCCUGAACAGCAUCCACAAGGCCGACAUAGAGCGCCAGCGAGACGUCUUCAUGGACCUCCAGAAAAACAAGUUCUCCAACAGCGUGUCGGUGUCCCAGGGCUCUCCUGCUGGUGGGCGGCAGCAACAACCAAACUACUGGAGCUUCAAGGCCCGAACACCGCGUGUGACCCGACCCAACCCAGCACAGCCGGCUCUUGCCGACCAGGCCAGCAGGGUUUCCUUUGCAUCAGCUGAAAAUCUGGAGACCAUGUCGGAGGCGGAUGUCCCCAUCGGCUUUAACCGGAUGAACCGGCUCCGCCAGAGCCUGCCCCUGGCCCGCUCGUCCAGCCAGGCCAAGUUGCGGGCACCAGGCAUCUUGUUCCUCCAGCUCGGGGAGGAGACACGGAGGGUGCACCUGACCCAUGAGCUGACCAGCCUGGAGACUCUGAGGGCCCUCAUCGUGCACAUGUUCCCCCAGAGACUCACCAUGGCCAUGCUCAGGUGUCCCAGCACGGCUCUGCUGAUCAAAGAUGAAACACGUAAUGUCUUCUAUGAGCUGGAGGACCCACGGGAUGUUCAGGACCGCUGUGUAAUAAAGAUUUACUGCAAGGAGCCCAUCUACGGCACCUACCCUGGACACCACAACCCACACUUGGCUAACGGAGACCUCCGGAGGGAGAUGGUGUACGCACCUCAGGAGUCCCCACCCAACCGCCGCCUCAGCAACCCGCCCGUCUCCUCCCACUCGACCUCCUCUGCCUCACCUCCCCAAGGCUCGCCGUCCCGCGCCCGCCUCCUUUACAGCGGCGGCCGGCCCUCCUCCUAUGCCGGGCCGCCCCACCACACCCAUUCCCUGCCCCACCCCCACUCCCACCACUCCUCUCCCCACCACCCCCAGCAGCUCCACCAGCCCCAUCACACCCAGCCGGCCUUCUGCGCCUCACCCAGCGCCAUCCUUGAGCGCAGGGAUGUGAAGCCCGACGAGGAGGUGGGGGGAUCCAGGAGUGUGGUGCUGCUGCGCGGGGACGAUCGUGGCGGAGGGGGGAUUUAUGCUGACCCCUACUCUCUGGGGCCAGACACGGGCCGGCUUAGCCUUGCGGGAGGUCCUCAUUCGCCUCUCCCAGCCAGAGCAGAUCCAUAUGGCUCCCUGUACCGCCGUGGAGGAGGGGGAGGAGGAGGCGCCGGGUCAGUGCGUUCACUCACUUCCUAUUCAGCAGCCGCCCUACAAGGAGAGCUCAUGGAAACUACUGCGCUUUAUAGGCCGGGAGGACCACUGUACAAUGAUGCAUAUGCUGCGUCCAUGUUGGCCAUGGGGUUCCGGGUUCCACCGCCUUCAUCCCCACAAAAGAUACCCGACAUGAGGGAAUCUUACACAGGCACCAUGCCCGUCCGGGGAUCCCCUGGGAGACAGAGUCUGCGGAGGGACUCAGUGACCUCCUCUGUGUUUGGAGAGAGUCCCAAAACCAGGGGCCAGGGCUCAGGGCUAAGCCUGGCCUCAGAACAUCUCUGUCUGAUGGCCGGUCCUGGAGGGGAGGGAGGGAGCGCUGGAGGCUUCGGCUCAGCUCUGCUGGGGAACGAGACCGAGACCAGGGAACGCAUGGAGGCCAUGGAGAAGCAGAUAGCCAGCCUGACAGGUCUGCUGCAAAGCGUUUUGAGCAGGGGGCCGGACGCAGACAGCCCGGAGAAGAUUGAGUCGGCCAGUGACUGCUCAGGAACUGACACUGGACGAUCUAAAAAAAAGAAAGCUAUGACACCAUCUGCUCCCUUGGCCCUAAUGCCACCGCCACCCUCAGCAGCCAGCCAGCCAGUCACAGUGUCCCGUCUGCAGAUGCAACUCCACCUACAAGGCUUGCAGCAGAACACCAACGCACUGCGGAAGCAGCUCUCUCAGUUACGGGACAUGCAGCUGGAGAACCAGGACUCCGUCUUGUCCCUGCUGAGGCAGACGGAGUCUGAGCUGAGCCUCAUGAUGCUCGAUGCCAUGCGCACCCAGGAGGACCCUCUCCAGAGACAGCGCCUCCUGGUGGAGGAAGAGAGACUGAAAUACCUCAACCAGGAGGAGCUGCUCAUCCAGCAGCUGCAUGACCUGGAGAAGUCAGUGGAGGAGCUGCAGAAGAAUUCGUCCGUCAACCACGGCCUGGUGACUGAGCAGGAUGUGGAGCAGAAAAGCAAGGAGCUGAGGAUGCUGGGGGAGACACUAACCGAGCUCAAGAACCAGUUCCCCAGCUUGCAGAGUAAGAUGCGGGUGGUGCUGAGGGUGGAGGUUGAGGCUGUAAAGUUCCUAAAGGAGGAGCCUCACCGGCUGGACGCCCUGCUGAAGCGCUGCAACACCAUGACUGACGCGCUCAGCACACUACGCAGACAAGUCACAGAGGGAGUGUGGAAGGGCCCCGAGGACCUCUCCAGCCAGCCACAGAAGAAGACAGAUGACAUGGGGCGGAGCUCUGACCUGGAUAUCCUCAACAGUCCUCCUCUGAGUCUCAAUGACCUGAGCAGCAGUGCCGGCCUGGCCAACUGGAUGCCCAUGUCAAGCGGUGACACAGACACCUCGGGCCCUGAGCAGGACAUCCAGACCUCGAUGAGCUUUAGGAAUCGGGCUCUCGAUGACUUACCAACCCGCCGUCCGGCUGAUAAAUGUGUGUCAGCUGAAGUCAGACUGGCGGCAGAACGGGACUGGGAGGAGAAGCGAGCCAGCUUGACCCAGUUCAGUGCCCAGGACAUCAACCGGUUGCUGGAAGAGACCCAGGCUGAGCUGAUGAAGGCCAUCCCGGACCUGGACUUUGCUGCCAGACACAUCAACAAGCCAGCCGUGCCCCCCAAGCCUCAGAUCACCAUCCCAAUUACCUCGACCACAGCCACCUCUCCUGCAGCUGGGACCACUGGCACCGCUGCCACGAACACCACCACCACCACGCCCAGCGGGGACCCGCAGCCUGGCAAGGUGCAGAUGGCCGCGCAGAAGCUGAACAGUAUGGAUGGAGCGGGUUCACGUCGAGGGUCCACGGAGCUCAGUGUGGCCAGGUACCGUACAGAGAAGCCCUCCAAGUCCCCGCCUCCACCCCCACCUCGCCGCAGCUUCCCAUCAGCACACGGCCUCACCACCAACCGCACCGGGGAGGUCAUUGUCACCACCAAGAAUAUGAAGCAGGAAGAGGAUGGAGACAUACCUAAAACUCUGGUGAAGUUGAGGCGGACGCCCUCUGACACCCCCCGACCUGCCUCUACCCCUCCUGUCAUCGCAGCCUCAGCCAUCCAAGAUGAAGACGACGAGGAGAAGAUUAUAGCUGAGCUAGAGAAUGCCAGUAACUCCCCAGGCCCAACCAAGGGACCGCAGCCCACCGUGGCAGCCAGGCUCAAACACCUGCAACAGGGCAGCCUGGAGAGGCCCAAAACCCGCAAGCAGAAAGAGGAUUUCCCCAAGGUCCAGGGCCAGCAGCAGGUCUCUCAGGUCUCAGCUGGACUAGUUACGUGAGGAGUGGGUACUCGCAUCAUUCUGGUUUUGGACUCCUAAAACCUAGGCCAGAUCUUGAAGGCUUCAAAUUUGAAAUUCAUUUGGACAGUUUUGACAAUUGUAACCGUUGUCUGACUAUAUCAGCGAGAGGUUGCCAAAUUAAUGCACUGGGAGAAAAUGGGAUGUCAAGGCACACUGACAAUAUCUAAAAAUGAUCAAGUAAUGCAGGAGAAAAAGCUUCAGGCUCCUCUGUCAUAGUUCUCCUUUCCUCAUUAGAGGAGGGUUUUAAAAAAAUGGGAAAGAAGCAUUGGUUGCUGUAUUUUGUCUGCUCUGGACCCUGAAUAUACACUUUGGUAGUAUAUGUAUAUUUUUUUUAAUUAUCAGGGAACUAGAGUGAAAGUAGAGCGGGGGAUCUUGUAAUAUCUCAUAAUUUAUGUUGCAAAUCCAUCAGCCAGCAUAUUUUACAAUCCAGCACAGUAUUUUUAGCGACAAUUAUAAAGACAUCAUGCACGUUUUCAGAGUUUUACUGCCCUGAAGUUACAAUCAGAACCCGGUUCUGACAUGGUAGGUACACUGUAUGACCAUGCAGACUUGGAAUAAGAGGUUUUUAGUGCGAAUAACAUUAAACUGUGGCAUAACGCAAAUACAAAUGACAGGAUAAAUAAUCCUAGAGACAGGCUGUGUGCUGUUUGACAUUUUGUGGGAGGGAAAUUUCAAGAGCAUGCCACAGAAUCUCUCACUGUGAGCAUGUUUUUAUACCACUGGCAGAAUAUAAAUUAUAUAGGGAUGUUACAAUAUGUAGUUAAUACAUUUAUGGAAUGUAUUAGUUGUCUCUGAGAUAGCAGUAAAAAGCUAACACAAAAAUAGAAAUGCAGCUGUUAAAAGUAUAACCUAAAUCACUUCACAGAUACUUCACAGAUAUAUUGUAAGUAUAUUAAAUGACCAUUUAGUUAUAGUUUGAAGAGAUUGCUUUAUUAACAUGUAAAAAAGAAAGUGUCAUCUAUGUUUUAUAUAAUCAAGCUUUUUUGUAUUUUUAUACUUGGAAAAAAAGAGGAUUCAUAAGCAUGUAACACAUGUAUUCUGUAAAUUAUUUUUUUGUGUGUUUUUUUUUUUUUUUUUUUUAAAGAAAAUUCUGAUUUAAUCAUAGAACAAAUCAUGAUCACGAUUUUGUCAUAGAAAUCACUGAGACGUAUAAAAGAUUAAACCAGUUAUCAAUGGAGCUGUGCGACGCACUCUAGAUGGUUGUGAACUACUUAUGAAACCACCACAUUACCACGUUAUAAAAGCACAUAUUCUCCUUCCUUUGAAAAAGAUCAACUCCCCCAAUAGGACCCCCCCAUUUUGUAGCCGUCUUCCUCUAUUAUAACCAAUAGUGGACUAUGUAUGUACACUAUACAGACUUUACAGUUUAAAUUCUAUUGAUGGUUUCUUGAUGAAUGUGUGAUUGUUCAAAAUUGUUUGUGGCUGUUCAAAACAUGUAUAUAGACCCAAGUAACAUCAUACAAAUUGAUUUUUAUGUGAAUUUUUUUAGAGAGAAAAAUAAUCCAAAAUGGCAUGCAUACUGUAUACAUUCCUGGAAAUCUGCACGCUGGGUCAACAGAGGUCUCAUUUUCUUGUCAAUAAUUCUAUGUAUACUUGUGAGUGUAUAAUAGAGUAAACAAAUCUGUACAGUGAAAUAGAUUUUGUAUUAUGUUCAAAUGGGUAGGUAAGGCCCCUUUUACUGUCAGAAUAAAGAAAAAAUACUAUCAAAACUAUUGCGAAAGAGUAUUUGAAAUAUUGUAUAUCAACUAACUACUGUUCUUUGAGUCUGAGAGUGAUGCUUGCUGUGUGGGAUAAGUGUUGUUUGUGAAUUGUGAAGAAGAAUGAUAACCUACUACAGAACCCGUAUACUAAAGACCAACUUACAGUGCAAAACACCAUGCAACUUUGUGUAUUGAAAGUAAAGUUGCUGCGUCGUGUGAGAAAAAUUCAACCAAACAACGGUUGCUGCUUUUGUACGUUCCUGUUGUGGUUUUGUGACAAUAAAAGUGACCCUCUUA